UAUUCUAUUCUUUUAUUUGAUAAUUCAUAUUAUGAUAUGCUAGUUAUCUUGGAUUAAAUGUCAAGAAAACGUUUCUUAAAAUUCCGCGUAUCAUGUCUAAUUUCCUACAUUUUGGAUUUGUGUCUUCUCCCUCAUCUCCGUUUUUUCUUUUCUUUAUGAGUCCAAUUACACAAGAACAUCUACAGAAAAUGCUUUAGAAUAUGGGUAACAAUACUGUUAAACCAUGGUCUUUAGUCGGUUACUUGUUUACAUAUGGCAGUUUAGGAGUGUAGCAGGUAGUGGAAGAAUGUGGCUAUUAAUAGAAAGCAGUUAUUUACAGUUACUUUAGGAACUCAUGUAUAUAUGUUGUGGCCAUCACACAUUUUUUUAACACACAGAAAUAUAAUAUACAAAACACACACCAAAACUUGGUGAUAAACCAGAAAUCAUGGUAUCAGAGCAGCAACGAUUCUAAGUCAUUUUUGCAGCUUCAUCAUUUACCAUUAACAUACCUUAAACCCAAAAAUGGCAGAUGAAUCAAGAACUGUCAUAGCACCAGAUCAACCGGUCACAAUGGGGCAAUUAUUGCAACUGUUCAAACAGUUAAACUCCAAUCAACCAACCCCUGAAACCGUGACCAACACCCAUACCCUCUACAUCUCAGAGAAACUAACGAAUCAAAAUUACACAAAAUGGUCCAGGCUGAUGCACUUAGCCAUCAGUGGACGAGAUCGUCUCAAUCACAUCAUAGACGAUCCUCCUUCCACAAAUGACCCAGCGUACAGCCAGUGGACCAAACGUGACUCGAUUGUUAUUUCGUGGAUCUUAGAGAAUAUAGAUUCUGAUUUGGUGAAUCAGUAUCUCGAUUUCCCAACAGCCAAAGCUUUGUGGCAAGGGAUUGAAACUCUCUACAAUAGUGGGAGAGACGGCCUGCAAAUAUUCGACCUGACAGUCAAAGCCAACAAAAUGCAACAGGGAACCGACACAAUUGAAACUUAUUACAGCAAGCUAAUCAUGUUGUGGAAAGAAAUCGACAGAAGGCAACCAAAUCCAAUGAAAGACCCAGAUGACAUCAUUGUUUACAACCAACUAAUCCAGAAAAAUCGAUUAUACCAGUUCUUGGCAGGAAUCCAUCAGACAUUCGACAAGGAUAGGCGCGACCUCCUACUUUUAGAUCCACUUCCUACAGUGGAGGAGGCUUAUGCAAGUAUAAGAAGAGAAAUAUUGAGGCGUGGCAUCAUGAAAACAGAGCCCUCAUCAAAUAUGGAAUCAUCGGGCUCCGGUGGAGUUUUCUCGGCGAAGGAAAGGAACUACAGACGUGAGGAUGACAGAACACACCUCAAAUGCACCCACUGUGGAGGCACAAGACAUACCAAGAACGAGUGUUUCAAGCUUGUAGGCUACCCGGAAUGGUGGCCAGAUGCAAAGAGGAGGGGGGAAAGAAAGCCAACACGUUUUCCGGAGCAAAAUCGGACCGGACAGGUGGCCAUGGGGUGGAGUACUGAGGGCCAUACACCCAUAGAUGAAGCUGGAAAAAAAAAGGGAGAACGUACCAGAGAAGCCAUCAGUAAACCAGAUGAAGAAGGUACCAGAAGCAACAAAGAAAGAGUUUCUCUCUCCUUCAGAUCCGGCGUAGCAGAUGAAGAAGGUACCAGAGGAAGAGACAACGUCGCCAUUUUAGGGUUAGAAAAGGAAAAAGAGGAAGAAUGGCUCUCCCAAUCUCGCCAAAAUAAGGGAGCAGUAGAAGACAACGACGCACAUUUAGGGUUAGAAGGGGAGAGUGAGGAGGAAGGGCUUCCUCAAAGCCCCUUAAAUAAGGGAGCAGUAGGAGGGUUGAGAGAAGGGAGGGGGUCACGUGUACUGUCACGUGUGGCCAUACUCCCAACUCAAAAUUUUUCAUCCUCCUUUAAUGUUUCAUCUUAUUUUAAGGUGGGUUGGAUCUUCGAUUGUGGUGCCACUGAUACAAUGUCAUUUGACCCGAUUGAUUUUUUGACUCAUGACAUACCUAGGAAAGACAUCAUUAAAACCGCAAAUGGGGAAGGGAUUAAAGUGAGAGGAGCCGGAACUAUUUCAUUUACAAAAAACCUCACUUUAAAAAAUUGUUUAUUUGUACCUGACCUGUCACAUAAACUAUUGUCUGUAAGUCAACUUACGAGAGAUCUUAACUGUACGGUUCUUAUGAAACCCGGGUGUUGUAUUGUGUAGGAUGCUCAGACAGGAAACAUCAUUGGGCGUGGUGUUGAGAGAGAUGGACUGUAUUACUUGGAAGAGGAGAUUCAAAAGGGCAAAGCGGCACUUGUUCGCGGACUAGAGGAAAGGCAACUGUGGCAUCGACGACUGGGGCAUCCUUCUAUAGGGUGAAGUCAGAUGGGGGCUCUAUCGUUGAAAUUCCUCCAUUGAAGGCGAGAGUGUAUCAGAUUACUCCUAGCAUCUUAUGAAGACACGUUACUUACCAUGAAUUACUUUUUAGCAUGUUCAGGAAAGUUAUACUACAUCAAGUUAUCAAACCAGAGUGUUCUGAUGCGUGGAUUCUACAGGAGAACAUCUUUACCAUGCCUAUGUGUAUUUCCAGUCUCUUCCUCUUGGAUAGUUGAGAGUCAAAAUAUAACAUUCAAAAUAUUCAAGUCUGUUAGCCUUACCAUCCUAUGGAGAUCAAAUAAUGGAAAGAUUUUAAUAUUUAUGUUGAAAACAUCAGAAGCAGAUGCAAGUCUGGAUGUAAAGCUUCAAGCAAUGCAGGGAUUCCGUGGAAUUGCACCAGUGGAAGCAUUUUAUGUUUCUGGUAUGCUAAUUCCUCAUGGUGUUUCUUCUCUCAAAUUUAUCGUACAAGUUUCUGGUUUUGAUGGGUCUUGUCAACAACUGGUUGAUUCUCCAUCCUUCUAAUUGGAUUCUGAAGGAAAAUCAGAACUUAAUGGAAGCCAAGAUUUGUUGAGCAAGGUUGCAAGACAUCUUCAUUAAUUUAGAAGGUGAAAAACAAAAACAGUUUUUUCUCAUGUGAGCGAUUGAAUCUAUAUCUCUAGAAGUCUAACGAUCUUAAGAAUAGUGUAAAUAGUUGGUUUAUGGUAAUCAUAUUUUAAAUGUGGCACCCUUGUUUAAGACUCAAUCACUUGAUUCUCCAACAUACUUAUAGAUAAGUAACUUAGAUUCAGAGCACUUGUGUCAUGCAUGUGUUUAGUGUCCGCUAAUUUUGUAAAAAUUGUCCAUGAUUUUAGUCUAAAGUGAAGUUUGAAGCAUUAUGUCAAAGUUUCAAGGAUUAGAUGUAGGAUGAAGAGUCCGAUUUACUUUGCUUACGACAUGUGUUUUAUUUUGAAUGACAAAGAAUGUGAAAUGUUCUUAUGCUGGCUUUGAUGCUGUGAUACGAAGCUAGGAUAAUAUUUACGGCUCGUUUGAUAAUAGAUAUUAAAUGGUGGGAAUGAUAAUAGAAAAUUAACGUAGUUUUGAUAAAAAUAUCUCUUGACAAAUUUAAUGAUCAUGCUAUUCUCCUUCAACAAUCUUAUUUUCUUCACAAAAUUUCAUUUCAUUGCAUUACCAAUUGAAUAAAUGGUAUUAGGUGGUAAUGAAAAAUUGUGACCAAAAAAUACUUUUUUAUGAUAAAACUUUCAUUACCAUGGUAAUGACUUGAUAUAUAUCAAGAAAAUUUAUACUAUAAAUCAUUUUCAUUACCACCAAAUUAGUGUUGUUAACCAAAUGUGCUGUAAAGGUAACUUGGUGUUGUGCUCCCUUAGGAAUACAUAACCUUCAACAUAGCCUUAACUGAGCUUAGAUAUAGCCAUAUAGGUGUACCAAUUAUGGAAUUGAGUAGGAAGUUUCCUAUUGAACUAGAUAUUCAAUAUGAAGUUUUUUUCCUUUAGAGCUUGAAUAGCAAUAAAACCCAGUUACAACUUGCAAGUGGAGGAACAGCCCCUCUAAUCACUGUUAGUAGUAGUUACUAGUUACUAGUUACUAUCUUCAUCUUUCUCUUAGGCUACCCUACCAAUGUUUCUUGAUUGAUGUAGCAUUUUACAAUUGAUAAUUAAGCAUACCCUGUUUGGGACUAGUUAUUUUGAAUAGAGUAAGUAGUCUGUCAAAAGUCAUGCUUCCUUUUCGCUAAAGUGUCUGUUUGCCCAAUCUCAGUUUUUGGUCCGGUAAAUUUAGGUUAUUUUAUUUAUUUUAAACAUUAUAGUCAAAACCCAAAUUUUUGGAUUGGUUUAAAACUGGGUGUUCGGCGGAUAUAAUUUUUCCAAGUCCUACUGCGUAGCAUACAUUGUCAAAUAAAAAAAUUGGUUCUCUGGAAUUGAGUGCUAAAUAGUUUACUGUAGUUUUAAUUCAGUCAUAACUUAAGAAUGUCGUUUCAUAGCAAAGGAAAAAGGGCUGUUUGUCUAGUAUGCUAGUGAUUGGAGUAUAGGUUAUGAAAAGUGGAGAUGUGUUGAGAAAAGAAAAGAGUUAAACCAAAACAUGGGAGAAAAACGAUUUUAGUAACCAAACUACCGUUUUUCCUGGGAAUCAGUUGUUUUCCUCGAGCCCUCAAAAGAGAAACAAGUAUCCUUCCCAUCCUUGUUUCCAGAAAGCAGCAAAAUUGAGGUUGAUGGAUUUUAGCCAAGGGAAUGCCCUUCUUUGUCUUGUUAUGUAGACUGCAGCAUGUCUUUAUCCUAAUGUCAAGUGGUUAUCAUAUAAGUAGAAUUUGAGAGAUCAUUUGCACGCAACAUUUACCCAGUAAAUGGGGCCAUCUUGUAAAUUUUGAGGUUCAUAUGCCAAUUUCACAUAUAUUAAUUAGACUCUCUAAAUUUACAACCAAAAAAAAAAAAAUCUUUUCUAAAUUACAAUUCUAUUACUUGUUUCUUAUUUACUCGGUUACCACAAUAUAAUGUAAAAUAGUAUAUCUGCAUUUAAUUACUUAGAACUAGAAAAAUAUAGAUAAAGAAUCAAAAAUUUUGGGGUCCUUUUGAAAUGGAGCCUUGUGCACGUUCAUGCUUAUAAUUAAGAAUAAAGGCACAAAGCAAUUGUCUUGUUUUGCAAACUAGUCUGCAAUUAUUUUGUUAUGGUUGUUGUUACCCCUCAAUCUUGACUCCUUUGCUACCGUUCCUAGUUAUGUCAAUAUACUUUAUUGCAUCCAAAUGUGUCACAUUCCAAGGGAAGUGGAUGUCGUAUCUUCUAUCAUUUAAUUUCAAGAUAGUUAGUAGAAUGUGUGCUUGUGACUUUAUUUUUGAAUUAGUGUGCUUGUGAUUAGCCGUCACAUGUUGUAAUGUUUCAAGAGUGUUUUUAACGAAUAUAGCCACCGGAAGUUAGCGCUUAACACCACAAAAAUUAAUUGAACUUUAAAUGAGUAGAGAUUGAUUUGAAUAUGGUUUUUGAAAAUGCGUUCAUUAAAUGUUUCAAAA